GUGUAGCUGCUCUUUCUUCCCAAUGUUUCAGCCCCGCAUUGGACAGCUCUCAAAUGGGAACCGGAAGUCAGGGCUGUCUGUGUCUCUUUCUCCCCAUCUCUUGGAUCCCGGCGAGUGCCUCUGCAAAUUGACCUUAGAAGAAGGAGGACGCAAGAAAUAAAGCAAAGACCCAGUGCAGUGUGCAACUGAGGGCGAGUUGCAAAAGGAUUUCCGGUUUCUAUGGUCUCAGGACAGCAGGUGAUGGGAACAACAUGGAAGAAUCUGUGAGGAAACAAGGAAAAGAUCAUCCAUGAAAAUGAAGGAGGAGUCCUUUGAGAAUCAUGAAGAAGAUUCAAGGAGGCAGGAAGAAAAGCAAGUCGAUUUCCAAGGAAUUCCAGCCCAACAAGAAGAUCACGAAGGAAAGAGGAAACAUCCUGUGCGUGGGAAAGCCGUUGGUUGCGAAUCAAGCCUUGAUAAACACUGCAAAACAUACUUGGUGGAGCAGCUGAGUAUGUGCUCAGAACAUGGGAAGAACAUCAGGCAGAGCUCACAGCUUAUUUCCCAUCAAAGUACCCAGGCAGGGGAGAAUGCUGGGAAUGGAGAUGGAUCCAAGAUGCAGAACAGAAACCAAAUAGAGACUUUAAAAGAUGAAACUGAUGCUUGUCAGAGUGGAGGUUCCUACCUCAUUCCAGCAGUACAAGAAGAAAAGAAAAGAAAGGAAAGCAACAUGUGCCCUGCGAGGGCAAAGUCCUCCUAUAGUAGUUUAAGGCUGCAGACACGUCAGAGAAUCCAUGCAAUGUACAAAUGCUUGGAGUGUGGCAAGAGCUUUAGUCAAAGCUCAGAAUUUAUGACCCAUCAAAGAAUCCACACCGGAAAGAAACGAUACACCUGCUCAGAGUGUGGUAAAAGCUUCAUGAGGCGUACCACCCUAAUUAACCAUAAAAAAAAAAUCCACAAAGGAGAAAAUAGAUUUAAAUGCCAAGUGUGUGGAAAGAGCUUCCUGCAUAAUGCACACCUCAUUGCCCAUAAUAGAAUCCAUACAGGAGAGAAACCAUUUCAGUGCCUGGUAUGUGGAAGAAGCUUCAGUCUGAAAGCUACCCUUACUACCCAUCGACGAAUCCACACCGGGGAAAAACCAUUUAAAUGCCACGAGUGUGGAAUGUAUUUCAGAUACAGCACAGUGCUAACUACUCAUCAAAGAAUCCAUACUGGGGAGAAACCAUAUCAAUGCUCAGUGUGUGGAAAGAGUUUCAGCCAGAGUGCACACCUUAUUUCCCAUCAAAGAAUCCACACAGGGGAGAAACCAUUUAAAUGCCACGAGUGUGGAAAGAGCUUCAUUUGCAGCUCAGGCCUCAAUUCCCAUCAAAGAAUCCAUACAGGGGUGAAACCUUUCAAAUGCCUGGAGUGUGGAAAGAGCUUCACUGACAGUUCUUAUCUUAAUAACCAUCAAAGAAUCCACACAGGGGAGAAGCCAUUUAAAUGCCUGGAGUGUGGAAAGAGCUUCCGUUGGCGGUCAGCCCUUACUUCUCAUAAAAGAACCCACAUAGAAGAGAAACCAUUUAAAUGCCUGGAGUGUGGGAAGAGCUUCAGCUGGAAGUCAGCCCUUAUUACCCAUAAAAGAAUGCACACAGGGGAGAAACCGUAUAAAUGCCCAGAGUGUGGAAAAAGCUUCAGUCAAAGCUCAGGCCUUAGCACCCAUUAUAAAAUCCACACUGGGGAGAAACCAUUUAAAUGCUCAGAGUGUGGAAAGAGCUUCAGUGGGAGAUCACGCCUUACUCAACAUCUAAGAGUGCACACAGGGGAGAAACCAUACAAAUGCCUGGAGUGUGGAAAGAGUUUCCGUCGUAGUGGACACCUUAGUACCCAUCACAGAAUCCACACGGGGGAGAAACCAUGUAAAUGUCUGGAGUGUGGAAAGAGCUUCACUGAGAGCUCAAGCCUUAUGAAACAUCAAAGAGUGCACACAGGGGAGAAACCAUACAAAUGCCUGGAGUGUGGAAAGAGCUUCACUCAUACUUCAGCCCUUUCUAGCCAUCACAAAAUCCACACAGGCGAGAAACCUUUUAAAUGCCAGAAAUGUGGAAAGAGUUUCAUCCAGAAGACAAACCUCAAUAAACAUCAACGGGUUCACACAGGACGGAAAACUUCUUAAUGUUGACGUGUGAAAAAGCUUCAGUUGGCGCAAGCCCCUUACAUCCCGUCUAGAUCUGCAUGCAAUAGAAAUCUCUUGUGAUGAAACUGCCCUCAUUAUCUUAUAUAAGAACAGCCUUUCUGGAUCAGGCCCAAGGCACUUCUGGUUCAGCAUCCUGUUUCACUCAUGGCUCACCAGAUGCCUCUGGGAAGCCCACAGGCAAGAGCAAAGGGCAUGCCUACACUCUUGCUGUUCCUGGUAUUUAGAGGCAUCUUUCCUCUUAGGCCUCCAGAUUACUAGCUAUUGAUGUCCUCCUUUGAUUUAUCUAAGCCGCCCUUAAAGCCAUCUAGGCUCAAGUCUGUCACCACAUCUUGUGGCAGAGAAUUCCAUAGGUUAAUUAUGCCUUGUGUGAAAAAGAACUUCCUUUGGUUGGUCCUAAAUUUCUUGGUAAUCAGUUUCAUUAGAUGACUCCUAGUAUUAUGUAAGAGGGGGAAAUUUCUCUCUCUAUCAACUCUCUCCGCACUAUGUAUAAUUUUAUAGAUCUAUGUGUCACUCCUCAAUCAUCUUUUUUUUUUCUUAAUGAAAAAGCCCCAGGUGUUCUAGCCAUAAGGAAGGUGGCCCCUAAUCAUCUUGGUUGCCUUCUGCAUCUUCUCCAGUUUUAUAAUGUUCUUUUUCAGGCAUGGUGACCCGAAUUGUACACAGUACUCCAAAUGUGGCCACAUCAUAGAUUUGUAAAAGGGCAUGAUGAUAUCAGCAUUUUUAUUUUCAACCCCCUUUCUAAUGGCAAAGAGGUGCCUUUUUAAUGUGGUGAUUCCCUUUAUUUAGCAAGGGGAGAGUAACUGGCCCUAUCCACCCCCAGCACAGUACCUCCAGUGACUGUUGCUGGUGUCUGUCUUAUGUUUCUUUUUAGAUUGUGAGCCCUCUGGGGACAGGGAGCCAAUUUUUUUAAUGUAUUUGUUAUUUCUUUAUGUAAACCACCCUGAGUCAUUUUUGAAGGGCAGUAUAAAAAUCGAAUUAAUAAUAAUAAUAAUAAAAAUAAAAAUAAAUGAUUCAGUGCCCUUUGUGAAGGAACCCCGUGCAUGAUGGGAUUUAGCCUCCAUUAUCUUGAAAGCAAGAACAUCCACCCGACUUGCCCUUCACCAGUUUCCUAAUACAGUCUAGCACUGGAGAAGUAGACACUUUGCACCCCAAUUUCCCUGUCGGGAUGAUUUCUGGAAAACUGAACUACGGACAGGUGGCAGCCUCACAGUUGCGAAGCAUCUCCCCUCUGCAUUGGCCAAGGAGCUGUCAGCCUGAUCCCUUGUGGCCAACCUCUGAUUGGUGGAAGGAUUUAACUGCUUUCCAGAUGCUUUACCUAAGAACCCACCUAAUGGCACAGCAGGGAAGUAACCUGCCUAGAGAGCAGGAGGCUGUUGGUUCAAAUCCCCCACUGGUGUGUUUCCCAGAAUAUGGGAAACUCCUAUAUCAGGCAGCAGCAAUAUAGGAAGGUGCUGAAAGGCAUCAUAUUUCAGAAGGCAAUGGAAAACCCCCCUGUAUUCUACCAAAAGAAAACCACAUGGCUCUGUGGUCGCCAGGAGUCAACACCGACUCGAUGGCCCAACCUUUCCUUUUCCUUUUGCCUAGGAAACUCUUUGAAAGUUGUGUGUUGCCUUUGGUAUGUGUCAGCUGUUUUCCAUCAACAUGCUGGACCACCCGUUGUCAAGAUAUGUGCUUUGCUUAGACUUUAGAAUGUGUUAGGAGUUAGAAAUGACUUUUGCUUUAUUUUCCUAAUGCUUACCUGCUCCCCUACCCACCUUGGUUCCAGUAGAUUAAUAAAGUCAUCUUUUAGAGAGAACAAUCUCUCCUCUUGUGUGUGCGUGCUUAGAGACUCUGGAGUUGCCGCUCCCCACAAGUUGAUGGCUUGGUUGAGCUACUUAAAAGGGAAACCUACCUGAAUGGGGUGAACUGCUCCAGCUCCCACUCUGCAAAGACAGAGGGGAUCCUCAAAAGAGGGUUUCAGACCCAAACUGAGUUCUCUCUGGAAGCAGAGAGUGGUGGCAGCAACUACCGGACACAGCACUGGAGCAGGGGUGAGUGAGUGAAACUGCCCAAACUCCAGUGGGGCUUCUUUACAGGGUGGUAGUGGUGGGAUUCCGAACUGAGUACUCUUGAGAGCACACACAAACAUACCAUUUGGAACCAAAAGGAAAGGUGGAUGAGUUUUUAUUUUAUUUUGACAAACACAAUAGUUGCAAAGUAUCCAUUUCUCCUAUGCUAGACAGGAUUAGGAAAUUGGUGAAGGGCAGGUCUGGUGGAUGCCAUGUGGUGCUCUCACUUUCAAGAUAAUGGAGGCUCGCUCCCAUCAGGCAUGUGGUUCCUUGACACCCUUCCUCAUGAUUCUGAGCAUGGAAUCUUGGUUGUCAUACUGUAUUUAGUUUUUAGCCACCAUUAAUAGGAAGGUCCCACUGGAAUUUUAACAUGGCUCAGGGUUCCCUUCACUUGGAGCCAGAUGGCAAUUCAGAAGAAAGAAAAUUUCAGCCCAAAUCAUCCAGCCCCCCCCCCAUUUCUCAGAAAAAUCCCUCUGUUUUUUAAAAAUAUGUAUAGAAGUUUAAACCCCAAAAGCGCAUCUAGAUGGAACUUCAGUCUUUGAUAUCCAACUUUUUGGUCUACAGCAGGAUUUCUUAACCUUGGGUCCCCAAAUGUUGGACUACAACUCCUAUCAUCCCCAGCCACAAAGGCCAUGGCUGAGGAUGAUGGGAGUUGUAGUCCAACAACAUCUGGAGUCCCAAGGUUAAGAAAUCCUGGUCUAUAGUAGGGAUGUGUACAAACAGGUAUGGAAGUCAGGCGUCCGGACUGGUUCGGCAGCGGUGGAGGUUUACCUUUUAAGGAGCUUGGAGGGUGCGCUUACUCCCCCCCAUGUUUUCCCCACCCGCGCGGCCACCAAAAUCACUGGCGUAGGGCGGCAGCAUACCUCCUUGCCGCCCCAGUCAGUGUCAAGGUACGCUGCCACCCCACAUCAGUGAUUUUGGGGCGAAUCGGGGUGGUGGUGAUGGUAAGCGCACCCUCCCAGCUCCUUAAAGGUAACCUCUCCACCAGUAAACCGUCCGAUGGAUGGUUCGUGCACAUCCCUAAUCUACAGUUUCAUCAUUUGUUCACAUCUAAUCUGUGGUUACAUCUGGUGGAAAGUCACCUUAGCCACAUCCUGUCCAUUUGGUCAGAACUUUGAGUCAUGGUUACUUGUAUUGUAAACCACCCUGGAAUUUCAAUAAAAGGCAAGAUGUUUUUCUUUUUUAAAAAUUAAUACCGGUAAUCGCCAGUCGGAUUUCUUGAUGUUCUCGGAUGAAGUGAUACAUCUGUAAGCAUCUUGAUAAUGAUACUUGAUUGCAUUGCUCAGACCACACACACAAGAGUUUUUUCUAAGGACAGAUCAGCUUGCUUUGCCGUGGAUUCAACAUACCUGGAAGAUAGAGCAUCACUGCAGAUGCUUUCCCCAAAAGGAGGUUGGAGUUAAAGAGAAUUAAGAAUUCAAAAUAGAAUGGGGGAAAAAAAGAUGGAAUAUAAUAACUGACAUUAUUAUAGAACCAGUUUGCUAACCAAAAUAUCUUGGGGAACUUUGUCAAAUGCUUUGCUGAAAUCAAGAUAAAUUACAUCCACAGUAUUCCCACAAUCCACUAAGCUAGUAAUCCAAUCAAACAAAAGAUAAAAUUAGUUUGGUAGGAUUUACUCUCAAUAAAUCCAUUCUGCCUUCUAACAAUUAUUAUUACUGGAUUGUUACUACAGUUACUGAGGCUUACUGUCCAGGUUCAGCUAUAUGCAAAAGAAGAGGUAGGAAAUGAUAGGACAAUGCCCAGUAAGGAUGCUGAAAUAUUAAUGGAUGACAAAGAGAACUGUUCAACUCCUGCUUUGUCUCUGUCUUUUCUCAAAAGAAAACCAUGUUUCAUGUAAUAAAGGCAGUGUGAAUGAUGAGUCAGGACUAUGCUAUAUUAAAUCUGCAGAUGACACAAAACUGGGAGGGAUAGCUAACACCUCAGAAGACAGGGAUAAAAUUGAAAAAGGGCUCAAACUAAUUCAAAUUUGACAGAAAUGACAAAUGCAAAUUUCUGCACUGAAAACACUGAAAUGCACAAGUAUAGGGUAGUGGAUAAUAGCUUGGCAGUGGUACAUGUAAAAAUGAUCUCAGGCUUGCUCAUGAUCUGGAGCUGACUGUGGGUCAGUAGUGUGAUGUAGCUGCAAAAAAGGCUAAUAUGAAUUUAGGCUGCAUUAGAACUGUAGUUUCCAAAUGAGGAAAAAUAAUAGUAAAAGAAAAUACAGAUCUGGGUACAGCUUUAUCUAGGUUUAUAGUAUGAUGGGUGGAUAAGGAUCACCAUUAAAUGUGUAGCUAGGCAUCUGGUUGCCCUGGUGAAGAAUGGCUGUGACACUUUCCACAUAGAGAUGUAUAUAUCAGGUAGUAUAAAAAUAUGAUAAAAUAAAUAAAUGAGUGGUUUCAAGCUAGCUGACCACAGAGAGCAAGGGUGAGCAAGAGAGAGCUGAAAUCUACCAGAUCGUCAUAGUUAGGAGAUAAACCUCAGCAGCAGUGGAAGCGUACAGAACAAACAACUUGAUCAAAGUGAUGACGGAGGAGGGAGUUAGGAGAAGAGGUUGGAUUUACCAGAACCAGAGAAGAGAUGGGCCAAUUAAACCAGUCAUAAAGGAGAAUAGAACACGUUACUGAAAAUGGUCUUUGAUUUCUUCAGUGUGGGUUUUGGUCACCCCAUGCUGAGCAUCCUAUCUGGUUGAUGUCGCAAUCCAUUCUGUGUCUGCACACACUGCCAUCUUAAACUUAAUGUGAUUUAAUAAAUGUUAAAAAAAACAA